AUGGACUCUUUAAGUGAACCUCUUGCCUCUUACACUCACUAUCAGAAGAUUGUUGGUAAACUAAUUUACUUCACAAUCACUCGAUCGGAUAUUACAUUUGCUAUAAAUCUUGUUAGAAGAUAUAUGCAUGCUCCAACAGUUCAGCAUCUUGGUAUGGUAAAAUGUAUCUUACCAUAUCUGAAAGAGACCAUUGGUCGUGACAUUGUUAUGACUUGCAAUGGUCAUAAUAACAUCUUGGGAUACAUUGAUUCUGACUGGGUAGGAAAUUCUCUCGAUCAUCGAUCUACCAUUAGUUAUUGCAUGUUUGUUGGUGGAAAUUUAGUGUCCCGGAAAAGCAAGAAACAAUCUGUCGUAGCUCGCUUAAGUGCUGAAGCAGAGUAUUGUGCUAUGACCUUUGUUACUUGUGAACUGAUAUGGUUUAAACACCUUGCAGAUUUUGGAUUUCCUAGUGUUACUCCUAUGAUAUUGUUUUGUGAUAAUCAAGUUGUUAUGCAUAUUGCAUCCAACCUGGUGUUUCACGAACACUCCAAGCACAUCAAAGUAGAUUGUCAUUACAUACAUUAG